AUGAAUUUUGAAUUUGAGAGGGAGAUAGGCUUCAUAAACAGCCAGCCGUCGCUAGCGGAGUGUCUGACGUCCCUUCCCGCUGUCCUGGAGACAUUUCAAACUUCAUCAAUCAAGGAACCACCGACGUUAAUUCCUCCUCCUUUGGAACAAACCCUCCUUAGCUUGGAUCCUUGUUCCAGCAGCCAGCCUACGCCAAGGAGCCCGAAGAGACCAAGACAUGGGCAGGCCCAGAACCCCCCGCCGCAGCUUGCUUCUUUGGCUGGAGAAUUCCCCUGGAUGAAGGAGAAGAAAUCCUUGAAGAAAGCCAGCCAGGUCCCUGCCUCUUCUUCGCCAUCUUCCUCCUCUUCUUCACUGCCUGGAUCUGCCGUCGGUUCUCCCGCAGACGCCCAAGGCUUCCUGGACAACAGCGGGAGCGGUUCCAGGCGGCUGAGGACGGCUUACACCAACACGCAACUGCUGGAGCUGGAGAAGGAGUUCCACUUCAACAAAUACCUCUGCAGACCGCGGCGAGUGGAAAUCGCUGCUUUGCUGGACUUGACCGAAAGGCAGGUGAAGGUUUGGUUCCAGAACCGAAGGAUGAAGCAUAAGCGGCAGACGCAGCACAAGGAAAUCCCCGAGGGGGACCCUGGUGGUUGCAGCAGCCUGGACCAAGGCAGCGAAGAGGCGGUGGAAGAGGAGAGGGGCCCUUCUUCUCCAUUUGGAGACUCCCUGGAGAUUCCUUGCCCUUACCCGGUCGACAGCGGAGAACCUUCCAGAGGCCCCGCUGGUUACCUAACACCUACCGAGGAGAGAGCCCCCAACGCCCAGCCAAAUGGGACAGCUGGCGCCCGCUCUUCCUCCUCCUCCUCUUCCUCCUCAGACAAUGCCUUCCGAGAAAGCCAGAAGUCUCCUUUGUUGCCACCAGAUCUGAGUAUCUUCUCGGUGGAUUCCUGCCCACAGACCUCAGAAGGCCUUUCUCCCAACCUCCAGGGGUUCUUAGACAGCCCUGUCAAUUUCUCCGUCGACGACCUGGACUUUUUUACAAGCACGCUUUGUACUUUCGAUCUUCCACAUUUGAAUUUCCAGUAAAUGCCCUUGAUUUGCCUUGGGUCCUGUGCCCCAUAUGAAGAUAGACGGAGGGAUACACCCCGUCAUUUAGCACCCCAGCCCCAGUCAUUUCAGCCAAGAGGAGCCCCCUUCCCUUCAUACACUCUCACCUCCUCGAACACCCCACUGGAAAACAUUUCCUUGGAAAGUUCAGAGGACAAAUCCUUUAAAAAUGUAGGCAUUUAUUUCCAUAGUUGUGUUUCUUUAAAGAAUAGAUGCCACUCUACUAGGGAGAUCCAAAGGGGCCAAAAUAAUAAAUGAGGGCAUACAUUUUGAUAGACCAAAAGAAGACUACAUCCUGGCCUUUUAAAUAUCUUUACAGUCAGUAUUCUCCUCCUCCCCAGUCAAUAGGAGCAUCCAUUCGAAAUCUCAGCACAACCAGGAGAAAAUGUCUGCCGAUUUCUUAAAACUAAAUUUCUCAGGAAGAAAAACAAGACGUUUAGAUUUCUUAAUUGAAACAUAAAAGUAAAAGAAGGAAGAACGUAAAAGCAAAAACAGAAGUUCCCCCCUUCCUUUUAUGUUUUAGAGGUAGAUUAUUUAUUCAAAUGCUUUAAUAGUAAAAUGCAAAUUAUUUAUUGUACAUUAUUUUCAUAGA